AGAAACAGUUUGUUUUCUUAACUAGUAUUUCGUUUGUGUAUAUAUAUCCAUGCGCCUCGUGCUUGGUGUUGUGAACAUAGCCUGGUAGAGGAUUUUAUUUGUGUGUAUACAUCUAUGCGCCUCGUGCUUGGUGUUGCGAAUAUAACCUGUUAAGAGGGAUUUUUUGUGUAUAUAUCUAUUUGCCUCGUGCUUGUUGCUGCGAAUACAAGUUCGUUUUAAGGGAUUUAUUUGGUGGGUGUGUUACGAUGGGAGAGGGGAGAACGGCAGAGAGAAGCAAGAUGGAGAUGGACGAGCUGAAGGCUGUAAAAGUUGUGGGCAGAGGGGCCAUGGGGACUGUGUUUCUGGUUAAGAAACAAGGAUGUGAGAAGCCCUUGGCCUUGAAGGCCAUGAGUAAAUCUGCAAUGGCUAAGAAGGGGGACGGUCUCAGAAGGGCUCAGAUUGAGAAAGAUAUUCUGUCUAGGCUGGAUCAUCCCUUCCUGCCUGCUUUAAUUGGGCAUGUGGAGACUGAGAAGAUGAUGGGCUGGCUUGUGGAUUACUGCCCUGGAGGCGAUCUGAAUGCUCUCAGACACAGGCAGACGGAGAAAAUGUUCUCUGAAUCCAUCAUUAGAUUUUACGCCGCAGAAAUCGUAUUGGCGCUGGAGCAUCUGCACAGCCUGGGGAUAGUAUACAGAGAUCUGAAGCCAGAGAACGUGCUGAUACAAGCAAAUGGGCACAUCAUGCUAACCGAUUUCGACCUCUCGACCAGGCUCUCACCAAGGCCGCAGGAGCAGGAAAACGACAAGCCAGAAAGCCCCGAAGAAAUGCCCAGUAAACGGCGGCCAUCAGGGCGACUGGACUCGGUCGUAAGCUAUCUGAAAAGGGCGGCGUCGACCAAAACGUCGGCAGGGAAGGUCGCGAGGUCGAACUCCGCCCGCGUCUCACCCGUAGUCAAGAAAACAAAACCCCCAAACGACGAAGGCGUUGCAUCACCUUCAGGACGGCUGAAUUCAUUCGUGGGUACAGAAGAAUACGUGUCACCUGAGGUGGUGAGAGGCACGGGCCACGAGUUCGGCGUUGAUUGGUGGGCACUAGGGGUCCUUCUGUACGAGAUGAGCUACGGUAAAACUCCAUUCAAGGGCACCAACAGAAAGGAAACUUUUUACAAUAUCCUCGUCCGGGAACCCCAAUUAAUGGGUCCGUCGACUCCAUUCAGCGACCUCAUUCGCAGAUUGCUGAACAAGGAGCCACGAUACAGGCUCGGAGUCCGCAACGGCGCCGACGAAAUUAAAAGCCACACGUUUUUUAGCGGCCUCAAUUGGCAGGCCGUACAACACGUGUCCAGAGCUCCGUUUGUGCCGCCGGCAGCUGCCGCCUUGCAUGCAAAUGGAAGCCACGUAAACAUUGAAGAUUGUGUGGAGAAGUUGCAGAUGGAGUUAGCCGCCGCUAAAUUGAGCAGCCAUAGCAGAUCGCAUGAUUAUCAGGAAGCUCCGCAGAAUUGGGUGGAGAGAUUGUCGAGAAGUAGGGGAGGAAAUGCUUUUGGAGUAUUCUAGCUUUACUUCUUUUUUUUUCUGGUUUUACUGUAUAUAUGUAAUGGAAGAGUGGAUGACAUGGUGGGAAAUCCUGAAUAGUUAGGGGUGGUGUUAUUUUUUUUUCCUUUUCCGGUGAGUGGGAGAAAUGGAAGAGAAAGGUUAUUUGUAUAGUAAAAUGGCGACUCUGUGUAUCUUUUUCUUUGAGGUUUUGCCAUUCUGAGUAUAUUGAAUUAUAUACAGCUUGUGCUAAACGGCUGGUUUAGCCCCCUAUCAACGAUACUUAUUUUUAAUCGCCGCUUUUGAAAGCGCUCAACAAAUUUAGGUGAUGCUUCCUAACGUCUAAGUUGUAAGUUCAAAACUAAUCUGAUUUUGAAAAAAAAGUUGUGUGGUCCCAAAGGGCGGAUUUUUUUUA